AUGGAUUUUGACGCGAUCUUAGAAGACGUCGGAGUGUUUGGAAAAUAUCAGAAAUUGGUGAUCUACUUCGUUCUCCUGCCAGCAGUAAUCCCGUGUGGGUUCCAUGCGUAUGCGCAGCUGUUCAUGGCAGCGGACGUGAAACAUUGGUGUAGAGUGCCGGAACUGGACCAAAUCAACGAUUUAGAUAUUGUAAAGAAUUUGAGUAUUCCCCUGGAAGUCAAAAACGACGUUCUACAAUAUUCCAAAUGCAGACUGUACGACUUAAACUAUAGUUACAUCGCUAGUAACUACCCAAACCUGGAAGAAAUUGAGGAAACAACUGAUACUAUACCGUGCAACAAUGGAUGGACCUACGACAAAAGCGUAUACAAAAGUACCGUUGUUACAGAGUGGAACUUAGUCUGCAAUAAAGAUUUCUACCCGGCGCUUGGAUUAGUGCUAUUGGCUAUUGGAGGAAUCAUCGGGAAUUAUGUCUUUGGUUAUCUACAAGACACAAUCGGAAGGAAACCUUCCUUCUUUAUUUACCUUCUCAUCGAAAGCAUCUUCGGAGUCGCCACGGCCUUCGCUCCGAAUUACGCAGUCUGGAUCAUCUAUAGAAUCGGCGUGGGUUUCACUGUCCCUGCUAUAAUGGCUACACCUUACGUGCUAGCGAUCGAAUUGGUCGGGCCGCGAUACCGCACCCUCUGCACAAUCGUAUCUAACAUCGCGUACUCUAUGGGACUAAUAAUGCUUGCCGGUGUCGUGUAUCUAGUACGCGACUGGCGUCAUCUGGCUUUGGCCACCACAUUGCCAUUCCUCUGCUUCUUUUUCUACAUAUGGCCAAUGCCAGAAAGCCCUAGAUGGCUUUUAGCAAGGGGACAAUUUGAAAAGGCGGAAAAAAUACUGAAGGACAUGGCCAGAAUAAACGGUAAAUCACUGCCGGCGAACUACAUGCUACAUCUACGACGUAAAUAUGAAUCUGAUAAACUCAAGCUGGAUCUCGAGAAGGAAAAGUCCCGCAAGUACGGCGUAUUAGACCUGUUUCGAACCCCUAACCUGAGAAAGAAAACCAUCAUCAUCACCUUUAUUUGGUUCACCAACACAAGUGUGUACGUUGGCCUCUCGUACUACGCCCCGGUGCUCGGUGGUGAUGAAUUCCUCAACUUCUUUUUGGCCGGUAUCGUCGAGCUGCCCACUUACCUGUUUCUCUGGCCUUCAAUGGAGAGACUGGGCAGAAGGUGGACAUUAUGUAUGAGCAUGGUGGUUGGUGGUGUGGCUUGCUUGACCACGUUUUUGGUACAACAUGAAACCUACGUGACGUUAGCGCUGUACUGCGUUGGUAAAAUGGGUAUAUCAUCGUCGUUCGUUGUGUUGCCACUAAUGGCCUCCGAGCUGUACCCAACGGUGGUGAGAGGCCUCGGGAUGAGUCUCAGCUCAGUAUUAGGAAUGCUCGGACCUAUUUUCAUACCACUCGUUAACUAUUUGGGUUCGGACAUUUUGGUACUACCACUAAUUAUUAUGGGCGCACUCCUCGUAGCCGGAGGGAUCGCGAGCUUGCUGCUACCGGAGACCCUCAACCAAAAUCUUCCCCAAACAUUAGAAGAUGGCGAGAAAAUGGGACUCGACACCGACUUCUGCUGCAGUCCCCCCGUCAAAGAAGCGGAGUCCGAUACGGGACCGAACGAUUUAUUCGAUAAUUGCAAAAAGUGCAAAACCUUUUGCACAUGUCAGGUCGUCAGCGUGUCGUUAGCGGAAAAUGUCGCCGCCGUGAUUGAAAAAGGCGGUGAAAAUGUUGAAUUUAUUUUAGUCAAAUAA